UUGUCUUACUCCAUUUCUGGACAGGCUUGUUAUAAAUUAUAUACUAGCCUUUUCCCAGACAGCUCUUCUUCAGGCUCUAUCAUAGGAUCUGGACUAUCUUUCUGUUCGCCCUCUGAUCCUGUAAUCUCUGCCGAUUUUCCUGAACAUGAUAUAUCAUCAGGCCAAACAUCGAUAGUAACUUUGGCUCGAGCUUGGCAACAGUUCUUGCUUGUGAGCCGGCAAGCACCAGGGGUGACGUGCUCGGCCAGCGUUUCCGGAGCUAGUCACAGGCCUCCGGGUCGCCAUCCUCAUCAACUUCAUCUUGAUUCGGCGCCAAUUUGCUCGAUGUUCUGGCCAGGUUCGGAGCGCACCCUCGGCGUAGAAACCGUAUCAGCAAUAGAUAGUGCGCCUACUUGCCAAUCAGGGGGGGCUGGUCGGCUUGCCGGAAUGGCGGAGAUAGCAGCAGCUGAUGUAAUGUCACAGCUUUCUGAGUUGCGUUGUAGGAAAGCGAUGGUUUUGGCAGAGAGUCAUUACAAGCAGGAUCUGCCACUCCAUUACUCUCGAACAUACCAUUUAGUCAAGGUAAUUAUUUCCAUCGACUUUGUUCAUAUCCCAUUAACAGAAAACAUAUAUUACUCGCUAUCACUGUUAUAA